AUGGGCAUUUCACUAAAUUCACAAGCCACAACAGAGAGUGUAUACAAUGCUGCCUUGGCCCUAGGAAUUGCAAAUCAGCUAACCAAUAUACUUAGAGAUGUUGAAGAGGAUGCUAACGGAGGAAGAGUGUAUCUUCCACAAGAUGAGUUGGCUCAAGCAGGGCUUUCAGAUGAAGACAUAUUUGCUGGUAAGGUGACAGACAAGUGGAGGAACUUCAUGAAGAACCAAAUCAAAAGGGCAAAAAUGUUUUUUGAUGAGGCAAAAAAGGGGGUGACUGAGCUUAAUGAAGCUAGCAGAUGCUUUCUGCUUUUGCAACUUCCUUUCUCCGGUCCAUUGUUUGCAGCGAAUCUAGCAGCCUCUGCGGUUCCAAAAAUGCUCUGUGUCCGGUUCUACUACCUGUACUUGUAG